AUGUGUGACCAGCAGAAGCAGCUGCAGUUCCCUCCAUCAUGUGUGAAAGGUUUGGGAUUGGGGGCUGUGCAAAGUACCAAAUCUACCUCUGAGAAAUGCCCAGCUCCAGGCCCGACGCAAACCUACGUGAAAUGCCCAGCUCCAGGCCCAAUGCAAACCUACGUGAAAUGCCCAGCUCCAGGCCCAAUGCAAACCUACGUGAAAUGCCCAGCUCCAUGCCCAACGCAAACCUAUGUGAAAUGUGCAACUCCUUGUCAGACGUAUGUCAAGUGCCCAGCUCCGUGCCAGACAGCCCACGUGAAAUGCCCAACUCCCUGUCAGACGUAUGUGAAGUGCCCUGCUCCCUGCCAGACAACUUAUGUAAAAUGUCCAGCCCCCUGCCAGACCCAGGUGUGCUAUGUCCAGCGCCCUUCUCCUUGUCAGACCUACUACGUUCAGGCUCCUGCAAAUGGCUCGGCUGGGCAGUGCUGUGUCCCUGAUCCAUGCUCUGCUCCCUGUUCUACUAGCUAUUGCUCCCUGGCGCCCCGGACCUUCGGGGUGAGUCCUCUUAGACGCUGGAUCCAGCGGCCCCAGGACUGCAACUCAGGCUCAUCUGGCUGCUGUGAGGAUUCCGGGUGCUGUGGCUCCGGGGGCUGCGACUCGGGGUGCUGCUGUUUGGGAAUUAUUCCCAUGAGGUCCUGUGGUCCUGCAUGCUGUGAUUCCGAGGACGACUGCUGCUGUUAAACACAGAACAGCCCUGCUCCACAAUUCACUGCCCUGCUCUACCUUCCGGAACUUUCACCAGCCUCUGGCCUCUGUCCUGUACUCCCAAUGAUGUAGAACCUCCUUGCUUCACCUCUGUACUUUGCUUCUUUAUCAAGGCAGCCUGCCAGAGUUAGUGCAACCCCUAAACUUUGGCAAGAAUAAAGCUCUGAAUGCAAUUCACAGUGA